AUGUCUGCUCAAGAUUACUACGGCGGCGGCGGUGGCGGCGGCGGCUACCCCCAGCAACCUCAACCUUCCUACGGCCCCCCUCAAGGCCAGUACGGCCCUCCCCAAGGCCAGUACGGUCCUCCUCAAGGACAAUACGGUCCUCCACAAGGACAAUACUAUGGCCCACCUCAAGGCCAAGCUCCUAUGCAAUAUCAACAAGCACCCCCUCAGCAGAGUGGUGGAAAGGGAGGCGGCGGCGGUUGCCUGGCAGGUUGCCUAGCAGCUCUGUGCUGCUGCUGUGUUGCUGAAGAAGGAUGUGAAUGCUGGUAA